CAAUUUGCAAAGUAAAUUGCUAAACCUUACAAAUUCUCAGGAUCAUAGACAAACCUAUGACACCAAUGACUACUACACUGAGUAUGUUUACAUGCACACAAAUUUUUCAAUAUUAGCUAAUUAGGGUUAAUACUCAGAGUUUGGCAUCAGUCAUAUCAACACCUUACUCUGAUUUUCUUAAUCGGUGUAAGGUCAAAAGCGAAGUAAAGCAUAUGCCGCAAUCUUUCUAAUUAUAAUGGUAUGUAAACAUCGUAAUCUCACUUCCAGUGGUGUUUUAAUGGCAUGUAAACAUCGUAAUCUCACUUCCAGUUGUGUAUUAAUGGCAUGUAAACAUCCUAAUCUCACUUCCAGUUGUGUAUUAAUGGCAUGUAAACAUCCUAAUCUCACUCCCAGUUGUGUAUUAAUGGCAUGUAAACAUCCUAAUCUCACUUCCAGUGGUGUAUUAAUGGCAUGUAAACAUCCUAAUCUCACUUCCAGUUGUGUAUUAAUGGCAUGUAAACAUCCUAAUCUCACUUCCAGUGGUGUAUUAAUGGCAUGUAAACAUCCUAAUCUCACUUCCGGUGGUGUAUUAAUGGUAUGUAAACAUCCUAAUCUCACUUUCAGUUGUGUAUUAAUGGCAUGUAAACACUUUAAUCUCACUUCCAGUUGUGUAUUAAUGGCAUGUAAACACUUUAAUCUCACUUCCAGUUGUGUAUUAAUGGCAUGUAAACAUCCUAAUCUCACUUCCAGUUGUGUAUUAAUGGUAUGUAAACAUCCUAAUCUCACUUCCAGUUGUGUAUUAAUGGCAUGUAAACAUCCUAAUCUCACUUCCAGUGGUGUAUUAAUGUCAUGUAAACAUCCUAAUCUCACUUCCUGUGGUGUAUUAAUGGCAUGUAAACAUCCUAAUCUCACUUCCAGUGGUGUAUUAAUGGCAUGUAAACAUCCUAAUCUCACUUCCAGUGGUGUAUUAAUGGCAUGUAAACAUCCUAAUCUCACUUCCAGUGGUGUAUUAAUGGCAUGUAAACAUCCUAAUCUCACUUCCAGUGGUGUAUUAAUGUCAUGUAAACAUCCUAAUCUCACUUCCAGUGGUGUAUUAAUGGCAUGUAAACAUCCUAAUCUCACUUCCAGUGGUGUAUUAAUGGCAUGUAAACAUCCUAAUCUCACUUCCAGUGGUGUAUUAAUGGCAUGUAAACAUCCUAAUCUCACUUCCAGUGGUGUAUUAAUGGCAUGUAAACAUCCUAAUCUCACUUCCAGUGGUGUAUUAAUGGUAUGUAAACAUCCUAAUCUCACUUCCAGUGGUGUAUUAAUGGUAUGUAAACAUCCUAAUCUCACUUCCAGUGGUGUAUUAAUGGUAUGUAAACAUCCUAAUCUCACUUCCAGUUGUGUAUUAAUGGCAUGUAAACAUCCUAAUCUCACUUCCAGUUGUGUAUUAAUGGUAUGUAAACAUCCUAAUCUCACUUCCAGUUGUGUAUUAAUGGCAUGUAAACAUCCUAAUCUCACUUCCAGUGGUGUAUUAAUGUCAUGUAAACAUCCUAAUCUCACUUCCAGUGGUGUAUUAAUGGCAUGUAAACAUCCUAAUCUCACUUCCAGUGGUGUAUUAAUGGCAUGUAAACAUCCUAAUCUCACUUCCAGUGGUGUAUUAAUGGCAUGUAAACAUCCUAAUCUCACUUCCAGUGGUGUAUUAAUGGCAUGUAAACAUCCUAAUCUCACUUCCAGUGGUGUAUUAAUGGCAUGUAAACAUCCUAAUCUCACUUCCAGUGGUGUAUUAAUGGCAUGUAAACAUCCUAAUCUCACUUCCAGUGGUGUAUUAAUGGCAUGUAAACAUCCUAAUCUCACUUCCAGUGGUGUAUUUGAUCUGCACAUGUGCUAUCAUGAGCAGCGUGAACCUCCUUUUCUGGCACAGGUGAAGUGAGUUUGGAAAAUCUGAAAUUAUGUAUAGUUUUCAUAUGCAAACAUUAUAUAGUAUGUCCAAACUCUGAAUCAAAUAGGCUUCCCAAAAAUGAUAUGAUCGAUGUGAUAGAACGUUUAUGUUGAGUGGUGAUUUUCAGGUUGCCUGAAUAUAACCUGUCCACCGGAUUGUAGAGGAAAUCGUUCUUCUCGCAAAGCAUGUAAACGUUUUAAUCAAACUAUAAUAUUAAUCAGAGUAUUAACACUAAUCAUAUUAUUGAAUGCAUAUAAACAUACCUGUUGUUACAUGAAAUACGAUAGUUUGCAAAAAUACUUAAUUUAAAGUUUGCGCUUACAUAGAAAUAUGCAGUUGGUAAAGUGCAAUUGCUCAAACUUAAGCCAUGUGCCUUUAAAGCCUGCUCACACUUCUACUCUGCCAGUGUGUAUCUCUGUGUAUAUCUCUGUUCUUUCUUAACCCAUGUGAGAACAUGUUUACUGCAGUACUAGCAAACUUUACAAUGACAAUCUUAAACUGUGUGAUGUGAUUGCAAGAUCACUGCCUUACUUCUCAUAAUCAAUAAUAGUAAAGUCCAUUUUUACCCAGUGCUGUCUAAUUGGAAUGUAAAUAUCCUAUCGUUUUACAUGUUUAUUUCCUGCAUCUUAAACCAAUGUUGAUUUUGUGUUGAAUGUAUAUAACAUUUGCAUAUAUUUCUACAGAGACCAAGGCCUCAGUUCUGUACAUGUUGUGAGAGUGAAGGCUGUCUUUUUAACAGAAUUGUAAAACUGUCACACUUAGAAUUUAAUAGUAAUAAAACAGUGGUUUUAUUUUUCA